AUGGCUGACUCGGAGAGUAGUCUGCUUCUGCCGUGGCAACCACAAGCAGCUACAAUGGCGGCAGAGAUGCAGUUUUCUGGAUGGCUGAUGCCAGGAGUUGUUACAGCUGGAGCAGAGGGGUCACGCGGAGGCGUAGCGGACGCGUGGGGAGGAGGGCCGUCGCGCAGGGGCACGGCUGCUGCUCAUGCAGGGCCGAUUGGGGCAGUCGACUCGCACGAGCUGCAACGGCCGCGGCGCCGCGGCGCUGCACGGCACAACAUCCAUAGAGACCCGAUUGAGGCCGUGAAAUCUCGGCGCGACGCGCUCCGACCAAGGUACGGCUCCAUAGAUGCGGGUUGGCGACGUUCGGCGAUCGGCGAGCAUCUAGUGGAGUAG